AUGGCAACAGUGACUGGUAGAGCUCGAUGUGUUACAUGCAACCAAGAAAGAAGUGCAGUUAGAUGUGAAGGCUGUUCACAAAUAUUUUGUUAUGAUCAUUUAACAGAUCAUCGUCAGGAAUUAAGUGUGCAAUUUGAUGAAAUUGAAAGGAAUCGUGAUUUGUUUCGAGAUACACUUAAUAAGCAAAUAAAUGAUUCACAAAACCAUUUUCUGAUAAGACAAAUUGAUAAAUGGGAAGCAGAUUCAAUUCAAAUUAUUCAACAAACAGCAACAGAAUAUAAACAAAUGUUAUUUCAACAUACAAAUAAAUAUUUUAAUCAAAUAGAAAUCAAUUUAACAAAAUUAACUGAUCAAUUAAAACGACUUCGUAAAGAAAAUGAUUUGAAUGAAAUUGAUUUAAAUUAUCUUAAAGAGAAAAUUAUUGAACUAGAAAAGGAACUUGAUCAACCACCUAAUGUUUCAAUUCAACAAAAUUCUGCAUCACUUAUAAACAGAAUAUCUGUCGCUGUAUCUCCUAUUUCGAACGAUGUGGAAAAACUUAAAGGCACAUGGGAAUACGUCGGUGGUGAAUCCUUUGAUGAUUACAUGAAAGAACUUGGUGUUAAUUUUGUUGAGCGUCAAUCAUAUAAAUUGGUCACACCAAGAAUAGUCAUCCGCGAAAAUGGAGGUAAAUGGUUAUUUAAAAGUGAAUCAACAUUCACAACGACACAAUAUGAAUUCACACCUGGUGUAGAAUUUGAUGAAACACGUCUCGAUGGUGGACGUGUUAAAUCUAUAAUCAAAUUCGAAAAUGAUAAAUGGAUACAUACAAGGCGUGGUAAGAAUGGUAAAGAAACAACGCUUGUGCGUUGGGUUGAUACUCAAGGACAACAACGGAUUGUUAUGCAAGCCGGUGCUGUUGAAGCUCGUCGCUGGUAUAAACGAAUUCAUUAG